AACACUAAAAAGUUGCCCCGUAGGUGAUUUAACGCAGGCGCAAAGCACGCCGUCCGUCCAGUUACUCUGGUUCACUUACCUGAGGAGUAACCGGUUUCGGUGAAGGAAGGAAGGGAGGGAGGGAGCGAUAGAGGGAGGGAAAGGGAGAGAGGAGACAAUACGAGCGAGUGCGCGGCUCCGUGUGUGAGACGGGCACCGAAUCAGACAGGCUGCCGAUCCGCAGGCUGUCAGGAGCGCACCGGGGAGCGGGUCGCUCGGAGCGCCGCACGGACACUCAGGCAGGGCGGUAUCAGUCAGCUCCAGGUGAGGGCGGAUCUCCCUGAACUUACGCGGGAUUCCUUCUCGGACACACGCACUUUUGAUGGAUCGCUGUUGAACGUUUUGGAACUUCAGCCCCCGAUGGCUGGCCAUAGUAUGAGCGGUGCAGUUUCGAUUUGAGAGGUUUUCCGAUCGAGCAGAUCGAGCCGUAGUGUUACGGUAACAGCUGUGCGUUACUUCCGUCAUACAUCCAGCUGCCAGAAGGGAGAAGAUGAUGGGAUUUCUGCGGCGGACCUUCUCCAGGCGCUCCAUGCGGCGCUUCCAGACGCCGGACGAGGCGGACGGCGCGGUGCGGCGCGCAGGCGGGGGUCCGAUCCCGGCGCUGCAGGCGCACCAGCAGCAGGUCGUCCACGCUCCAGCCGUGGUCACCGGGGGGGCCGUGGUGCACAUUCCUGCUGCGGGGAACAACAAGUCCGUCAUGACCUGCAGGGUCCUGCUUCUGGACGGGUCGGACGUCAACGUGGAUCUACCGGUCAGUCCAACGACGGCUCUUAAGGCUGAUGCGUGUUUUGAGAGCAUGUCAGUGAAAUGCUGCUUUGCAUGCACGUCGUGGCCGGAUUCCGUGCUGGGAAAACUUGUCAGCCGCCGUAGGGGAGUUGCAGGCGUUAUUAGCUGGGUCUGCGAUGCUGACUGCAGCAGUCAGUGGCAUUUAAGAUAUGGUGUCUCUUUACUCCAAGCAGGCCCCCCAUUCACACUCUACUUCCGGGUGAAGUUUUACUCAUCGGAGCCCAAUAACCUUCGCGAGGAGUUUACCAGGUACCUGUUUGUGCUGCAGCUCAGGCAGGACAUCCUGUCGGGGAAGUUGAAAUGCCCAUAUGACAUCGCCGUAGAGCUUGCUGCCCUUUGUCUGCAGAGCGAGCUGGGAGACUGCGACCCCAUGGAGCACUCCCCGGAGCUGGUGUCCGAGUUCCGCUUCAUCCCCAAGCAGACCGAAGUAAUGGAGGCCGCCAUUUUUCAGAAGUGGGUCGAAUGCAGGGGGAAGAUUCCCUCCCAGGCGGAGAUGUGCUUUCUGAACAAGUGCAAGUGGCUGGAGAUGUAUGGAGUGGACAUGCAUUUUGUGAAGGGCAGGGACGGGUGCGACUAUGCACUUGGCCUAACCCCAACUGGGAUACUCGUGUUCGAAGGGUCAGAAAAAAUUGGCCUGUUUUUCUGGCCUAAAAUCAUCAGGCUGGACUUCAAGAAGAACAGGCUGACUCUGGUGGUGGUGGAGGACGACGACGAGGGCCGGGAGCAGGAGCACACCUUCGUGUUCCGGCUGGAGAACGCCCGCACCUGCAAGCACAUGUGGAAGUGCGCCGUGGAAAGCCACGCCUUCUUUCGUCUGCGGCAGCCCGCACACAGCAAGCCGAGCCGCAGCGACUUCGUGCGCCUGGGCUCCCGCUUCCGCUUUAGUGGGAGGACAGAAUACCAGGCGACCCACAUCAGCCGGGGGAGGAGAGCCAGCACCUUCGAGAGGCGGCCCAGCAAGCGGUACCCGUCUCGAAGGCAGUCCAUGGUGAAAGCCUUGAAUCCAGCCAAAGCGGCUCACCUAAGCUCCCAGACGAGUCCUGACCCCACGCUCUACCAGUACCAGCACAACAUCCCGGUGGCUCAGGAGCCCUGGCACCUGACGCAUGCCAAAUAUGCCCAGCACCCUGCCCACACGCCCCCGCCCAGGCCACCUCAUACCACGGACCCAGUCAGCAAACCUCCUCGCGUCUUCGGCAGGGACCCCAACAGCCGCCCCGUCCCCGAACGCAGCAGCCAGAAAGAGGAGGGAGUGGUCAGCAUUGUUUACGAUGACAAGGUCAUGACGGCUCUCCAUUUGAGCACCAGGGGCAGGUUGGAUUGUCCGACCCGGCAGAUCCAUAUGCUCAGCGGCGGCGUGGCUCAAGCCAACCACACGGUGCCACGUCUCACUCCUUUCCAUGCAAGAGGUGUCAUUGACUUAAUUAAAGGAAGGAGUGGGGCGAGCAUGGAGCCGUUCUGGUGGAGUCGCAGGAACAGGCCUGGACACGCAGGAGAUGCCCAUCAGGAGAGGGGAGCCUAUGGGCUGUCGCUUCCUGGAGACUGUUGGCAUGGAGAUGAUCGGCCUUCAUUACAGGAGACAAAUGCUGCGAGUUACCCCAUGGUGGGAGUCUCGCCUAACAAACCAGAGCUACAGCAGUACAGCAUGGAAGAGAACGAGGGCUCCCCGUACUCCUCCAAGGGCAUCAGGCGCUGCCCCCACCACCAGCCCGGGUUCGAGAGCGCCGAGAGCCUGUGCGGCAUGCCGAAAUCGCACAUGUUAAGACCGGUGACGCAGUGCAAGCCAGAUGACCUGGAUGAUGAUCAGCUUAAGCAGACGGAGCUGGAGUCAGGCAGGUUGCCAGGCCCCUGGCCAUCACUGCACAUCAACAUAGACAGUAAGAUGGAGGAAAAGCAGCUGUCGGAGAAGAGUCUUCACUCUCCUGCUUUGACGGCCGGCCUCCCAGAGCACCUCAAGUGUAACAUCCUCAAGGCUCAGAUGGACUCUGCCUUCAGAGUCAUGAACGAGGGCGACCGGAGGGGCAGCUCCUCUGGACACGAGCACAACGGCAGGUUUCCAUCGUCAUCCCAAGAUUCAGUCUCUUCCAGCCUGACGACCGAAAAGCCACCCGUCAGAUCGGAACGGAGGAAGAGACUCGUCAGACAGUACAGUUUUAACCAUAGUGACGAAGAUGACCUCCCAGCAGCCCUUGCUGCCAUUUCCUCCCAGAGCAGCGCUGGAAAAACCACCUCCGAAAGCUCACUGGACAUCCAGAUCCAGCCACCCAUAUACCCCAAGGCCGAUCUUGCACUGCUAGAACUGGGGGUGCAGUGCUGUCACCAUCUGGUGUCUCCUUCCAAGCCUCCACCGUUCUCACAAGGGCCUGUUCCUCAGCUGGUACCCUGUGGUUCCACUCAACCCGACAGUCAUACUGGUCUGGGAGUGUCUUGCACCAGUGCCCAGCCUCAGGGAGCGCUGGGAGAAAUGGAGACGACCCUCCCAGAGCUCAGCCCCCUACGCCACAUGCUGAAGCCCUGAGGAUGGACCUUGACCGGGAGAAGCUGUUAAGGAGACUCUUGAUGACUGAACUGUGAAAGGGAGCAGACAGCAUGAGCAGACAGCACCCUUCAGUGUGCCUUUCAUCCUCCCCGUUUCCCAGGGAGACGCUUUACAGUCCGCUUACCCCGACGCUAGGAAACAAUCUGAAUCCGGACUGUGCCGCCUCUGAGCUGGCGUCGGCCAGAAAGGUGACUCAGAGGUUACCAGGACUCGUAUUUCUUUGGCUACGAGUUUGCGUUUUAUUGCUACGAUAAGAUUCCGUCCUAUCGGAUUUGAUAUUUUUAAUAACGUACCGCAAAUGGUGAGCAGCUCUUUUUUCGGCUGGGGCGGGACACGACAUUCCCCGGCUUCGCUCAGGAGGUGCUGGCCAGAUUCUUGGAGGAUCCCGAUGACUUCUGAAGCGGAGAAGUAUGGUCACUCCCGGCUGUUCAGUCUUAUGUAUGUAAUGGUUAGUGUUUUUAUUACUUUGAUGUUAUAAGAUAUGAAUUUAUCAUUGGUUUCAACACUGAUGCACAUUCACCAGGUCAUUAGGCCACGUCUCUAUGACAUGUACGAGAGCCCCAACAUUCUCCCGGAGCUCCUACUAACACUGAUGAAUGGAUGCCCCCCCCCAGGCAACACUUUUGUAAUCAUUAAGUCAGAAGUAUUCCAUAUUCUCCUAAACUGGGUAAUAUGACAAAGUCAUAUUUACAAAGAUAAAUGACUAAUCAUAUGCCACCGUCUUAAAUUAUUAUUUAUCUUUUUAAAUAUUGAAUACAUAAUUGAUAGCCAAUCUUAUUUUUCCCGAUUAUGGGAAAAAAGACAAACCUAAAUUUGUCCUGUUGCAUUGAGGUAGCCCCGUUUCUUUGGGUCUCCAGGGUUGUGGGAUUGAUCCCUGCCCCUGGCUCUCUGUAUGUGGAGCCUGCAGGUUCUCCCCACAUCUCCAGUCCAUGACCCAGACACACAGGUCAGAAAAUACAUCAGGAUGGCCAUGUGACCGGAUAGAAUGAUCUAGAUCUCACCCAGGCCCAAGGAAGAGGUGUUCUCAAUGUCAUCAGGUCAAAGAUUUCAUCAAAAGAGCCAUCAGAGAAGCCAUUGAAAAGUUAGCUUUAAUAUCAUAAACACAGGAUAUCUACACACACUGAA